ACGUCACAGCUUUUAUACAAGUCGUGGUUUCUCUUAAUACUCUUAGUGCUACAGGAGUGUAAUAUAUUGUUUGUUUAUAAUUGCUGUGAUCGUCGCAAAUUGCUUUUUAACUACUCAUUGUAGUGUAAUAUGAUUAAUGAAUCCAAUGAAAAUGGAAAAGGUCUAGAACAGCAGUUUGCUGGUCUAGACUUUACCUCCACUCAUACUAGUGGAGUCAAGAGUUCAGAGCGAUACGUACCUCCUCAUCUUCGAAAUCGUCAGAAUAAUCAUCAAAAUAGUGACAGUUCAUUAAAAAAAAGUAAUCAAGAUUCUCAAUCAAGGUCUAAUUACCAUAAUGAAGACAGUGAAAAUUUUGAACUAAGGAGGGAAGCAGAAAAUAGUAGAUCUGGUGUUAGGGAAUUUGAGCGAGAAAAUUAUAAAGGCCGUGGAGAUUUUUCUAACUUCAGCAACCGUGGUCGAAAGGCAGGUCCUGAAUAUUCUAGUAGUACUUUUCCAUUAAGAAAAGGUGACAGUGAAAGGGUUGGAAAUUGGCGAGAUCCAUCAUCUGUAAAAGAAAAUUGGGAAGAUAAACCAAGAGAAGAAGUGCGAGGAACUAGAAAUAAUUCUUAUGAUCGAAGAAAUGGUACAAAACGCUAUGAAAGAGAAGAUGAAGACUGGAGUCGACCUCUUCCUCGUGAUGAUCGUCUUGAAAGGCAGUUGUUUUCACAAGGUCAUACUGGAAUCAAUUUUGAGAAAUAUGAAGACAUACCUGUAGAAGCUAGUGGAGAAGAUUGUCCACCUCAUAUUAAUUCAUUUUCAGAAUUACCAUUGACAGAAAUUAUUCGCAUGAAUAUAGAAUUAACCCGUUACACCUCUCCUACACCUGUGCAAAAAUAUGCAAUGCCAAUUAUUUUGCAUAAAAGGGAUCUCAUGGCAUGUGCACAAACAGGUUCUGGGAAAACUGCUGCUUUUCUUAUACCUAUAUUGAAUCAGAUUUUUGAAAAUGGUCCCCCUAAAAAUAUUCCAGUGCCUCCACGACAUUCAUCAAGAGUAAAGCAGUAUCCCCUUUCCCUUGUUCUUUCACCAACUCGAGAGUUAGCUUGUCAGAUAUAUGAUGAAGCAUGUAAAUUUGCAUAUCGCUCAAGAGUACGGCCGUGUGUUGUUUAUGGAGGUGCUGAUCCUGCUCAACAGAUGAAAGACUUGGAUCGUGGUUGCCAUUUGCUGGUUGCAACGCCUGGUAGGUUAGUGGACAUGAUGGAAAGGGGGAAAAUCAGCUUGGAAAUGGUUAGAUACUUAGUUUUAGAUGAAGCUGACCGCAUGUUGGAUAUGGGUUUUGAACCCCAAAUCCGUCGUAUUGUUCUUGAAGACAGGAUGCCUGGAAUAGGAGAAAGGCAAACACUCAUGUUUUCUGCUACAUUUCCAAAGAAGGUCCAGGAACUUGCAAGGAAGUUUUUGGAUAAUUAUAUAUUUUUGGCUGUUGGCCGUGUUGGAAGUACAUCUGAAAAUAUCACACAGAAAGUUGUUUGGGUUGAAGAACACGAUAAACGUUCCUUUUUGCUAGACUUACUAAAUGCUGCUGGUCUGAGGAAUGGUAAUGCUUCUCGAGAUUCUCUUACUCUGACCUUCGUGGAAACAAAAAAAGGAGCUGAUGCUCUAGAACAUUUUCUAUUAAGUGAAGGCUAUCCAGUUACUAGCAUCCAUGGAGACCGAUCUCAGAGAGAAAGAGAAGAAGCUCUGUGGAAUUUUCGUACUGGUCAUACCUCAGUGCUAGUUGCAACAGCUGUUGCUGCUCGUGGAUUGGAUAUUCCAAACGUUAAACAUGUUAUCAAUUUUGACUUGCCUAGUGACGUAGAAGAAUAUGUCCAUAGGAUUGGUCGUACUGGCAGAGUUGGAACUGUUGGUUUAGCGACAUCAUUUUUUAAUGAAAGGAACAGAAACAUGGCACUUGAUCUUGUAGAACUGAUCACUGAGACUAAACAAGAAUUACCAGAGUGGCUUUCUGUCUUAGCUAAAGAAGUUCAGAUGGAACAACGCUGUAACUCUGGCUCUCGAAAAUACUCAAGUGGAAAAAAGUAUGGCUCUGGAGGAUUUGGUUCUAGAGAUUAUCGUCAGUUUGGUAGUACUCGUGAAAGGAAUAGUGGACCAAGAAAUUCUAGUGCUAACAGUUACUCUGCUCAGAACUAUGGAUAUGGAGGAAGUCAGUAUCCUAACCAAUAUAAAAGUAACUAUGGUGGUGCUUCAUCCAAUGACUGGUGGGGCAGCUAACUGUUCCAAUUAUGUAAUUUUCAAAGUUCUUAGUUUAAUUUGCAUCACAAUGUGGUUAUUUCCUCAAUUAAAGUUGAAAGAUUUUUCUCACAAGUUAUCUUUCUGGUAUCCACUUAUUUAUGUUUUACAGGUUAUCUGCAUCUUAUGCUUUUUGUAUUAUAUGUGGAUAAAUUAGUUUAAUUAUAUUAUUUAAAUGAAAUAUGAGAUGAGUCAUAAAAAACUUUUUUCUUUCUAAACAUGCUUGCAUAAUACAAAAAAUAAUAGUUUCUUUUGUAUGCUUCAUAAGAAUAAUUUGUAUUUCAAUUUGGGUCUAGUUAUCUUAGAAAUUAUAUGAUUUUUAUAAUAAAUAAUAGGGAAUUAGUUCUGAUUUUAAAAUGUAUUGAUUUUUGUGGCUUAUUUUGGGAUUAGCCAUAUCAUUCCUUUUUUGUAAUUUUUUAACUAUGCACAUCAAGACAUCAAUGCUCAGAUUUGUGAAAGUUUUGCACUGAAAUGAAUGCCAGUGACUCUUAAAUCUGUUUCUUGUGAUGGAACUUAAUAUAUAUAUAUAACAUUUAUGAAAUUUUAUACAUAUAUAGCUCAUACAUAAUAUAAUCUUAUUUAUGUAGUUUGAUAUUUUUAAAUGUAAAAUUAGACUUGAGGAAAUAACUUACUUGGUCAUUCAAUUAUAUAUUUGAAAUAUGAAUGGCCUAGCUAGUAUCCAUUUCACUAUUAUUUUGAAGUUUUAAUUUAUCUGGUUUGAAUAUUAUCUGGGAAAAUACUUAUAUAACUAAUGGGCUUUAUUGUGGUAUCACAACGGUUCUAUUUUAUGGAAAUACUGAAUAUUCAUUUCAGAAUCUAGUUCAAUUUUAUGUUCUUUCCUUUCUGUGACUUAUAGUUUUAUUUAUGCUCUUGUCAGUAGAUGUGUACUUCUUAUAAAGCUUUAUGUAUGCAAAUUGUUUUAGUCUAAUUGUAUGAUAAGAUUCUCUGAAAACAUAUUGAUAAAUUAUUAUAUUGUGGUGCAAAGACUAAAUCUGUAGUUCAAGUUCUUGCAUUUUUGUGACUUUUAUGUUUACAUCUUUGUUUCUUUCCUAAGCUCUGAUUUCGCAAUGCUGUCAAAGAAACAUAAUUGUAAAAGUAUUUUAAAUAUACUACAUUAAGGUAUUUAUUGUUAAAUGAAAAGUAUGUCAAGAGGACUUGAAUAGAAAGGCAUAUGUAGAAUUUGUAUAUUCUUAUAUUGCUACUGAAUUACAUUUUGUUUUCCUUUUAACCCCCAAAAUGCAGUAUAUGAUCGUUAUAGAUUAUAAAUCGCAUUUUACUAUCUAAAAAUGAUAUAUAAAUAUUGUUAUCUUGUUUCUGGAUGUAAUAGUUUUGUCUUCUAUGUUGUGUUAGACUGUUAUAUUGAGUACUAAAAAAAAAUUCAAAGAAUGCUAUGCAUUAUGUUUCUUGGAACAUAGCUAUUGACUGAUAGUAUUUCAUUAAUAAUACUCAUGUUAUUCUAGUGGAAACAUAAUGGUCUUCUUUCAAUUCACUUAUUUUCGUGUGAAAGUAUUUAAUGCCAAGAAAAAACAAAAAAUAUUGAGAUUAGUGGGUAAUAAUUUUUUUCUGCAAGUGACUAAUUAUAUUAAAAGGUCCUGAAUCCUUAUUUAUUUAAAUAAUUAAGUUUUAGUCAUAUGUGAAGAAGAAACAAUGAAAAUAUUGAGACAAGUGUAAUAAAUUUUUUGCGUAUAAAUGACUAUAAUGAUAUUUAUAAUCCUGAAUAAUGUUAUACUUGUAUAUUUAUAUAAUGAAGGGUUAGUCAUAUGUCAAGAAGAAAUGCAAGUGAAAAUAUUAAGACUAUUGGAUAAUAAUUUUUUUGUAUAAAUGACUAAAAUUGUUAAAAACGUGAGUCACGCAAUGCUCAGUUAUUUAUGUCAAUAAGUUUUAGCCAUAUAUCAAGAACAGACAAAAAUAUUAGAACUAAUUUUUUUUUUUUUGUAUAUAUCUGUAUAUAAUGCUUUUUAAAUCUUGAAUUAUGUAAUACUCAUUUAUUUAAAUCAUUCAGUUACAUGUUAAGAAGAAACACAAAUAAAAAUAUUGAGAUUAGUGGAUAAUAAAUUUUUGUAUAAGUGACUGAUUAUAUUUAAAAUCUUGAAUCAUGUAAUACUUGCUUAAGUCAUUAAGAUUUAGUUGUAUGUUAAGGAGAAACAAAUGACAAUAUUAAGGCUAGUGGGUAUUUUCUUUUUUCUUGUAUGUGUGUAAAAUGACUAUAAUUAUGUUUAAAACCCUGAGUCAGAUUUGUUUAAAACAGUUAAAUACAUGUUAAGGAGAAGCAGAAAUGAAAAUAUUGAGAUUAAUGGAUAAUAAGAGUUUUUGUAUAAAUCACUAAUUAUGUUCAGAAAUCACUAAAACUUCUGAAUCAUAUAAUACAUUUAUUUAAAUCAGUCAUAUGCCAAGAAUAAAGAAAUGAAAAUAUUGAGAAUAAUGGAAUAAAUUUAGUUGUUUACUUAAACUAUUUAAGUUUUAGUCAUAUGUCAAGAAGAAACACAAAUGAUAAUGUUAAAUAUUUUUUGGUGGGUAUAAAAGAUUAUACUUCAAAUCCUGAGUCAUAUAAUACUAAUUUAUUUUACUCAUUUAUUUAAAUCAUUUAGUUACAUGUUAAGAAGAAAUGCAGAGGGAAAUAUUGAGAUUAGUAGAUAGCAAAGCUUUUGUAUAAAUGACUGAAUAUAUUUAAAAUCUUGAACCUUGUAAUACUCAUUUAUAUAAAUCAUUAAGUUUUAGUCAUAUAUCAAGAAGCAAAUAGAAAUAUUGAGACUAGUGGUUGUUGUAUAUGAGUGACUAUUGUUAUAUUUAAAAUUCUGAAUAAGGUAAUGCUAAUUUAUUUAAAUCAAGUUGUAGUCAUAUGUCAGGAAGAGGCAAAUGAAAAUAUUAAGGCUAAUGGAUAAUACUUUUUUUAUGUAAGUGACUUUGAUUGUAUUUAAAAUCUUGAAUCAUGCAAAACUCAUUUAAAUAAUUUAGAUUUAUACCAAGAAAAAACACAAAUGAAAAUAUUGACUAGAAAAUAAUAAAUAUUUCAUAUAAAUGACUGUAUUGAAAAUCCUGAACUUUAUUUAAAUCAUUAAGUUUUAGUUAUCCUUUGUUGUAAAUGAAGAUAAUUUAAUCCUCGUUUAUUUGAGUGCUUUGUUUAAGCAUAAAAAUUUUUAAUUGUACACUUUUAUUAGUAUGCCUUUUGUGCCAAGAGCCAGUAAGCUUUAUAUUUUAUAGCAAUGAUAUAUUUAUUUUCUGUGAUAUGUGUAUGGUGAAUUUGAUAAAUUUAUCCUUCAGACUCGUAAAAUAACUUUUAUGUUUAUCUGUCAGUGUGAAGUUGUAUGUUUGUGUAUUUAAAUUUUCCUUUAUUUGAUUUAUUUUACAAUUAAAGUUAAAAAAAUUUUUAACGUUAUCAUAGGCGUUUAUUCAGUUAAUUUAUCUGUUAUUUGUACUAAAUAGUACUAAGUACUAUUCAUACUAAGUACUACUACUAUUCGUAAUAAGUACCAAAUAGUUCGUUAAGUGAUCCAAAGAAUUUCAGAUAUUUAAAUUAUUAAGUAUGGUAAUUUUAUUUAGCUUAUACAUGUUGUUUCAUUUGCUAUAAUUGUGAUAAUUUUAUCUGUGCUAAAUGGUGUUAUUUCCACAACUGUAUACAAUAGUAUUUUGAAACUUUUGUUUCUGACAAAUAAUUUACAUAGUUUAUCUGUAAAUAUAAGUUUGUGUGUGAUGUCAUCAAUCAUGUUUGUUUUCAUGAAGAAAUUUUAUUUUAAAUCUUUUGUAAUUUGGAACUUUUCGAUUUAACUGUAUUUAAGGACAAAACUUGUACUAAUGCUUUUGUCUUCCCUUCUUCUUCCUCUAAUUAUAAUUGAACGUAAUGAUAUACUCUGAAAUAGCAAGACAAGCCUGAGCAUUGCUAGCAGAGUAGCCUGCAGAUAAGUCUCAACAGUACUAGUGUGAUAAUUUAUUUUGUGUAAUUCUCUUUUUAUUUUUAAGAUGUGUUUGAAGUAGCCUUAUUGCAUAAAUACAUUUUGAUAAUUUUAUCUUAUAGCAGUUCCAAGUUUGAAUCUUCAAGAUUCUAAAAGCUAAUAAAUGAACACUUAUGACUAUAUGCCUUUAAAGCAAUUAAUUGGAAUCAUUUCAUUUUAACCCUCUAAGUGCUAAAACAUUUUAGAUUCAUUUGCAUAGCCUUUAUUAUAUUAAUGUAUCCAGGUAUUGAUCUAAUAGCAUUCAGUUUACAAGAAGAUUUCUGUAUCAUUAAAGAAAGUAUUUUAAAAAACAAUGUAAUAUAAAGUGAAAAUAAAUCUAUAAACAUAUAUAUAUGGUCAAGCCACUUAGGGGGUUAAGGAAAUGUUUCUAGAUUAUAUGCAAUUGUGAUUUUAAUAUUGCCUUCCAGAAAUGAGCAUUCUGUCAUUGUCAUUUAUAACACUAUGAAUUUUGUAUUGUACGAUAUUAAGUAUUUAAAAAUCUGUGUUCCAAAAUAAAAUUUUACAUAUAAUUUAGUUUUAUUUAUCUAAGAGUACAUUUAAAUGUACUCUGCAUAGAGAAUAAGGAACAGUGAAUUUAUCAUAUUCUUUGUUUGAAAGAAUAACAUUAAUUAUUUAUCACAUUCUGAAAGAUGUUGAAUGUAAAAUCAUAGAAUAAAAUUUGGGAGGGGGAUUGGACAAGUGCAGUAAAUGUCACCUCCCAUACUGUAAGAAAAUUUUUCUGAAGUAGUUGAUGUGGAUGAAGUUUUUGAUCCCCUAAAAUCAAUAAAUAAAAAAGUAAUGCACAAAAUUUUUAUCAUGAAUGUUUUAGCUUUUCUGAAAUUCUGUGGUAUUAUUAACCUUUGAAGUUAUGAAAUAUUGGAUGUUAUAAUCACUUGAAAUUAGUUUUGAUGUACAAACCCAGUGUAUCUUCCAUCAUGAUGAAAUUUAUGUCAGGGAAUUGAUGCAAAUUAUUUAUCUAAACCUCAAGUGCAUUAAUUUGGUCCGAGUACUUGAAUGUAACACUCUAGUUUAUCUUUGAAUUAGCACUGCUUGAGAAUAAUUUGUUCAGUGUCAUUCACUUUCUAUUAUAAAGAUACAUAUUUUAUGUUCAAAAAGUAAGAAUAAAUAACUAAGGAAAAUCAUAGUUAUGCGUCAUACACUUUUGAAAAUAUUUCCUGUGAUUUGAAGUUAAUUUUUUGUACUUAUUUGUCUGAAUACUUUUCUGGAUCAGGCUCUUGUUGUAGUUUAGGAAAGUUGGAAAAUACUUAAAUUGCAUUGACAUUAUAAAUUGCUUUAAUUUUUAUUUUUAAUCUUUCGUACAGUUAUAAAAUUAUGUAUUGCACAGUCAUAAAUUAGGAAAUGCUGUGAAUAUUUUUAAGAGUUAACUGCAUAAAGAAAAUUUCUGACCUGUUUAAAAGAAAAAGAAUGAUUAGCAGUUAGUAUUUCAAUAUUGAUUUGCCGCGAUUAAUAUAAAGUUGCAAUUUACUGCAGCUGAGAUAGUUUUGCAUCUUGUUCCAUAUGUAAAAUCAUAGUAAGCCUCAAAUUAAAAAAUGUACAAUCUGCUUUGUUUUUCUCCUUUCUGGACAAGCAGUGUGUAUUCAAAGGUAAGAGAAGAAAGUGUCCUUUUUAUAGUGUCCUUGGUGAGAGAGAAAUUGGCAAGAGAAAGAAAACUUUGAUGAGCAUUUUUUGGUAUCCUGUAUGUUAUUUUAUACACGUACAAUUUACUUGCUAUUUACACAGUUUAUUUACAACAGCAGUUUUUAAUAUAUACAUAAACAAAUAAUGCUUCAUAUACAUGCAUGUAUGUACACACAUGCCUGGCUUUAUCAUUUUUGAUCUCCUAGGGGAUCAGACUAAUUGCCACUUGUGAUAAUAAUAGGAUUGAGAGCACAGCCUCUGAAAUCUGGCACCCUAGGCAUCUGUCUAUGCUUAGUGAGGGCCCUGUACGUAUAUAUUGAGCAAAUGAAUUUUAAUUUGCUCAUUACAUCAUUGAAGUCUGUUUCUCAUUUAAUACUUUUCUUGCUACUGUUAAGGUAAUUUUUUCCAAAACACAAGUCCAUAUUUUGGCCAUUUAAGACUUUCUUUCAGAAUGUAAAAUAGCUUUAAAUGGGAAAAAAAUUACAUUAUGUUUUUCACACCAGAGGCAAAUUCAGAGUAGUAAAUAGCAUAUUUACUUAUGUAUUUCCCGUGCUUGUUUACUAAUUUUAUCAUACAAAAAUCGAGAGGAGAAAAUUUUCAUGGAUUACAUUAAUAUUUUAUAGAAUUUCAGAAUAAUGUGCUUGCUUGUGCUUAACACUCUCCACUAUUAUUUCUUUAUUAUUCAGAGCCCAUACACCCAAAAUUAAUGAGCAAUUUAAUUUACUGAAAGGUCUGCAGGUUUUUCUAUUUCUAGUAAAAUCUUGUAACUGUGCUGCCAUGCAGUCGUUAUAAAACUUUGAUAUUAUCUUUCACUGCCUUGAGGGGAACUUGAAUUCAUAUCUUUAAAAUGUUCAAAACCUUGUGCAGAAAACAUGGGAGAGGAAUACGUAAAUGCAGUGUUAGAAAUUUUUGGGAUGAAAAACAUGAUUUAGAAGUGAUAAUUUCAUGAGCUGUAAACCACAAGUUUUGUGAUCUGCCACAAUUUGGUCAGUUACAUUUUUGUGGCUGGCUGUAAAGUAUGGUAGCAGAUCAUAUAUUUCUCAGCCAUAAUUGCACCAAGCCUGCUAUAAAAAGGAAGUACUAAAACAUUUUUUGAAAUUAUUAAAUAUUCAGAAACAUUUUUGUAUAUAAAUUUAAAUGUAUACAUUUUAAAUAAAUUUCACUAGAAAGUUGGAUUGCUAAAAUGUCUCAACACUCCCUGAAAUUUGUAAGAUGCUCAUUAUAUCAUCAAAAGUGUACAAUUUUUUGUGUUGUGUCCUUUGGUUUUUAAAUUCUUCCCAUGUGCAGUAUUGUACUACUUUGUAGAUUCCUUUUAGUAAUAUUUUGCCUGUAUUUAGUUGAUCCACAAAUACUCUGAUUUUAGUUUGUUCUAGGUAUUGUGUAUUAUGAGUUUAUUUUAAAUGUAGUAUGUCGUGAUAUAAUUCUGAGUUUAUUUUACUAACCAUGAUAUUUAUUUUAGUUUAAUAUAUGUUUACAUUUUUUAUUCUACAAACUUUUAAAUGUCAUUUGAUUCUUAUGAAAAGGAUUAGGUGGUUCAUUUUUUUUUUUGUUAGUCAUAAGACAUUCAUUUUUGAAAUUAUUGGCUUUUUCCCAAUACUUUAAGGUAUUAAAUCUUUAGGUGCAGUAAAAUAUUUAGUAAUUAUUGCUGAGGUCAUAAUGUAAUAUUGUAAAAUUUAAUUGCAUGCUGGUAAAUGUACUGUAUGCAUUGAAUGUUAUAAAAUAUUGCUCUAGGUCUGAAAGUUCAAAAUUGAUUUAGUAUUGCACAUAUUUUUAGUUGUCUUUUCCAGAAUGUUCUGUUAAAAUAUACUGUACAUAUUUAUUAGGCAUGAUAGGAGAAAACAAUUAUAGAAGUAAUGCGUGUUCUUUAGAAGCUUAACAAAUUUCUGUUAAUCUUGGAAUGCCAUUUUCUCCAUUGUAAUGUAACAUUUAUAUGUAGAGCCCAGAUUUUUAAGAAAUUAUUUAGUAGGUAUGUUUAAAUUUUUGCUUAAAAUGAAGGCAAUUUCUAUGUAUCAUAAGCAUAUUAAUUUGUCUCUUAACCAUGUUUGUUUAUGAAGAGAGAAGUAAUCUGUUUAAAAGACCUAUUCUGAAAUUUUUCAUAUUAUUAAUCAAAGCAAAUUUCUUCUAAGCAUGAAUACUAUAAAUACUUCUAUCAUUUGUUGAAAUAAUUUAGAAUGCUUGAUGUAAAGGAGUAAAGUUCUGUGUAUGUGUGGGGGAAAACAGAUUUUUGUGUAAAAAAUGAGGUAAAAUAUUAAAGUUUAAUGUGAUGUAUGGUUUUUAUGGAAUCUAAUGUAAAUUGAAAAUCAUUUCUAUUGUUAUUGAUUAAUAAGAAUAUAAGCUAAAAAGAAUAGGCAUGUUUGUGUGUUAUAUUACCUAUCCAGUGACUUUCAAACUUUUGUCAACUCAGGGAAACUUCUGUAACCUUUUUUUUUUUAAAUUAAAAAUCCUCACCAUGCUCAGAAAAGUAAAUGCAAAAAUAAAAUAGAAAAUAGUG